AUGGCAGAGUCGGAAGAGGAGGUGAAGUUUUUGGUUCAGAGGGUUGUCAAAGACAUUGCCAACGCUUUCAGGAGGAACCCCAACAUUGAUGAGAUUGGAUUGAUUCCAUGCCUUGAAGCCAGGUACAACCGGAGUCCCGUAGUACUGGUGGAAAAUAAACUUGGUUUAGAAAGCUGGUGCGUUAAACUACUCUUGCCCUUCGUUCAUAGUAAACUUGUUCUCUACAGGCAGAGAAAGCUGUGGUUAGACAGGGAUGCACUGACUGAUCUCACUUGUACUCUACUGCUGCUAAAUCCAGACUUUACUACAGCUUGGAACGUCAGAAAGGAAUUGGUACAGCUCGGAGCCUUGGAUCCCCUUAAAGACUUGUACCUUGGAAAAUUGGCCUUAACAAAGUUCCCUAAAAGCCCAGAGACUUGGAUCCACAGGCGCUGGGUAUUUCAGAAGGUCAUUCAGGAACUCUGUCUUCCAAAUUCGAGGAAUAAUUCAGGAAUCGUCUCAACAGAACAAAUGCAUCGAAUAAUCCAGGAUGAGAUGGCUGUGUGCUCUGCAGCUGCCGGGAGGUAUCCGAGUAAUUAUAAUGCCUGGUCCCAUCGGAUCUGGAUCCUGCAGCAUGUGGCAAAGUGCAAUCUCAAGAUUCUUCUUGAUGAAUUGUCCAGCACCAAGUACUGGGUAUCCACCCACGUGUCGGACCACAGCGGCUUUCAUUACCGUCAGUUCCUGCUCAAGUCUGUGGCGGGCAAUGCCAAGAGCACAGCCAUUACAAGCACUGGGGGGUUUGGGAGGACAUCUGCACACAAAGACCCCCACGCUGACCUUCCUGCGCGUGGGAAGGAGGAAGGUGCGUCUGUGGAAGAGUACACCGCUGACGUGCCCCUCAUGAUUGAAGAGGAAAUGGAACUUUGCUCCGAUCUCAUUGAGUCUUACCCAGGACACGAGGCACUGUGGUGUCACAGGAGGUGCGUGUUUUACCUUUGGCACUGCUGGAACAGAGAUCACCUCCAGGUCUCGGCCGACCCCUCUAACAGGAGCGAGGUGACGAUGAACAGCUUGCAACUGGCCGCUGCCUCCAGUUACUCGCCUCACUGCAUGGACGUUGACAGGGCAGCAGACUCAUCUAAGCAAAGCUACACGCAGGAGACCAAACGCUUGAAACGUGGCCCCUCGCUGGAUUUGCACAGCCUUCUGGAGGAGCACCGCUUUGUUGAUGCAAUCCUUGCAGGCUGUACUAACUCAGAGCAAGCCAGGUUUGCCACUGCUUACAGGAAAUGGUUAGACACGGUAGUAUGUCAGUAGCAGCUGGAGAAUACUCAGCCAUAUUACAGUUAGUCUUAAAUCCAGCUCCCCAACACAGUUUUCUGUUUUGACCGCCGAUGUUGCAUGGCGCUUUUUGUAAGUUUAAUCUUCAGUACUGUGAGAGUCCCAUUUUAAAAUGGGGUUGAACUGAAACUGACCCUAAAAACAACUACAUUUGUGGAGGCUUCAUGUAGAGAUACGAUUUGCAAACUAAUAUUACAGACACCAUCUGACUUUUAAAUUUCAGUGUUAGAGGGACACAGUUUUGGAGAUGAAAAAUAUACACUUGUACAUUAUCCAUUUUAUUUCUCUAAGCAAGUUGUCCACUAAUGGAUUUUUUGUUUUGUAAAUACAUUUGUAACUGGAUGAACUCUCCACUUUUCCUCCUUUGCUUACCCUCACGGAAAUUAGACCUAGUAAGGUUUCAUCCUCUCCCUGCUGGCAAACUAAAUUAGCACUGUCGUUGUUGUUCACUUAUUCUAAACUGUUCUUCAGAAUGAAGACUAGCUGCAGUUCAGUUGGCACUCAGACAGAUUACACAAGUUGCCAUGCAAGAUUUGAUUGCAAAGCCUGAACCCACUUUGCCUUGUGACUAGGUAACGUGAUGCUCAAGCGCUACAAGUGUGCGCAGACAUCUGCAAAGUCACUCGUUACCUCCCUUUUGUCAUUGGCAAUUCCUGCCCUCAUCCCCUUUAAGCCAACCCAGUUAUGACUUUCCUUAAUUAAAGUCAAUUUGUGAUUUGUCUGUUGUUUGGCACGGCAUGCUUGCUUCCCUGGAACACGAUAGACUGCGACCUGUAAUGGUGCAAGCAUUGCAUCCUAUUGCAGUUGGUAUGCAAGUCUCUAGUUUUACAUUGUAUUCUCCCUUGAGAGGGCAAUUUUUUGGUCACGAGGCUGAUGGAACUGACUUUAUUUAACGUGAGACUUGUUGGAAGGGGAGGGUCUUUUUAAACAAAAAAUUAUUGAAUGAGGGGAUGCAAUUGCACUAAGCUGUGGACUUAAUGCCUGUCUGUUUUAAUGCAAGGCCAAUUCUGAGCUGUGAAACAAAAUAAGAUUUGAGCUCGUUCUAUGUUCCAGAGGAGAAUGUUUAACCAGCUUAAAUCAUGUUUACGAAUGGAUAAAUGAUAACAGGUAACGGUGUUAUCUGAUCCCUUUAACCAUCCCUCUGUCCAUUCCCCAAAUAAAAUCUUAAUACAUGACUCAAAAAUAAUGCAACACAGCUGGAGAUCAGUGGGUGUAUUUUGCCUGAGCCAAUUUGUAGAAGGUACUCCAGGGCUUUUUGGAAAAUUUAGAUUUGAAUCUGCUUUCACCACCCUCCCAGGCAGCACAUUCAGGAUUACAGCGACAGUCUCUGUCCUUUUUAAAAAGAUAAACUUGCUGAAUCUCCCCUCUGGUUCUUUUUGGUGCGAUUUGAACAACAAUAUUUGCAUGAUUAAUCCAGAACGAGCUAGUUGCCAUCUGGGAUGUCGUGCUGGUUGGUUGAAUUCAGUGAAGUGUUUUGUUUGACAUAUGAAUUUAAAAACAAACACAGCUUUCUCCUAAAGAGAACUUUAAAAGGAACUUGAAUUUUUGAUACCUUGGAAAGGUGGAAUUGUUUUUAACCAUAUCAAUAUUAGUUUGUGCAAUUCUGCAUAGACACUGUUAUGUUCAGAGGGAGAGCUGUUGCACACAUCUUGUCUAUAAGACACAGGAUUAAAAAGAAUUGUCCUGUUUUGGCUUAUCACACAAUGUAGUAUCUUGGAAUGACCUGUAGGGCUGAAGAGCGCGAUGCAGUUUGUUUCAUUCCCCCUCUAAUUCCCCUGCUUCUUAUUCCCACACGUGCCCACAAACUCCUCUUUUGAUUCUUUUUGCCAUUUAACUACACUAAGGAGUAAUUUGUAGUGUCAAAUAAACUUAAUCAGCAUGUGUCUGGGAAGAAACCAAAGCACCUCGGGGGAAACCCACACAGUUGCAGAGUGAAUAUGCAGACUCCUCAAACACGGCAUCCAAAGUCAGGAUUGAACUGGGGUAACUGAAGCUGUGAGGCAGUGGAAAAUAACUGAUGUGUGUUGAACUUUGCGCUGAAGUUUUACCCUUUCAGAUCUUUCUCCAUGUCCUUGGUGAUGAGAACCUAAUUGUAAAAUAUUUACUUCAAGUCAAAAGUAAUUUUAGUUGGAACAAACAAGUUUCUCAGGUGUUGUGAAAUUUACCCAAUGACUUUUGUUUGGUUUACUUUGCCAUACAUUGUAAUACAGUAAUCAAGAGCAAAACAGAAUUAGGUUUGUAAAACACUUAUGUUCUUGUGCUGCAGGUAAAUAAUUCUCAUCUUGUUGCUGAGCAUCUUCAUCCAGGUACAUCUGGGUUGAAGGGUAAACCCAACAAGAACAAGAUGAUUGUGCUGAAAUGAAUGUGUUGGCUAAAUUAGGAAGGUCCAAAAAAAAAUUGGAAACAAGUUUGACAAGUGACCUCUUGAAUAAGUCCUCUCCCUUGUCCACUUUCCCACUCAAUCCCUUUGUUCUUGGAUCUCCCGAAGUGGUCAAAUAAUAGACCUCAGCCUUGAAUAUAUCCAAUGGCUAAACAGCCACUGCCUGCUAAGCAGACAAUUCCGCAAGAUUUCCUACCCUCUGCAUUAAGAAAUUUUUCCUUUUCUCAGUUGUGUAUGCCUGACCCCCUUGCAGUCGGUCCCUUUCACAAUGAGAUCAUGUCUCAUUCUUCCAAACAUUUGGUAAACGUAGGCCAACAUUGCUCAAUCUCUCCAUGUCCCUCCUCCCAGGAAUCAAGAGACGUUCUUUCAUUCUUUUAAACUCUAGUGAGUAUAGGCCUGGUCAGCUUGAAAUCUCCUCAUAGGAUAAAGCCCUCAUCCCAGGAUUUGAUCUGGUAAACCUUUGUUGCACUCUGUCCGUUGCAAGUAUGUUCUUUCUUCAGUCAGGAGACCAGACUAACUCAGAUUGGGAGCAACACAUAAAAAUCUGGAGGAACUCAGCUGGUCAGAUAGCACCUAUGGAGGGAAAUGGACAGUCAACGUUUUGGGUUGAGACCCUUCAUCUGGUCUUCAUCUAUUCAGUCCAGAUGAAGGGGCUCAACCCAAAACAAUGACUGUCCAUUUCCCUCCACAGAUGCUGCCUGAUCCACUGAGUUCCUUCAGCUUUGUGUGUUGCUCCAGAUUCCAGUGCCUGCAGUCUUCCACAUCUUGGAUUGGGUUUCAACAGGUUUGAUGUGAUGCGCUCUGCUAAUAGGAAGUGCUGGCAAAAUAGCAGAUGCAAGUGCUAAUGCUACACAAUAUGUCAAUAACAGUCCAUAAGAUGCAAAACUUAAGUUUACACCCACUGUAUAAUUUCUUUUGUAAAGUAUACUUAGCCUAUGUGAUUGUGUUGCCAUCCAUUUAAGGUAAUUACAAAUGGAAACAACACUGUUUAUAGCAAACUAUUCUUGCCCAAAACACACAUUUUUCAAUCCAUUCAUGGUAUGUGAAAAUUAUCUUUAAUUCCCCCUCUUAAGAGAGCUUUUUUUUUCUAGAACCCCUGCUAUCCGUGAAGUGACAUGUUCCUACAGUAUGAUAAAAUUGAAUGGCUUGCUUAAACCAUGUUGGGGGGCAGUUCAGAGUUGACCCCAUUUCCGUGGGCCUGGCAUCCUCAGCUGUGCACACACUCAACAUAGAAUGUAAUUGCAGCUGCCUGUUGAACUCCCAUUCUGAAGUUGGCUUCCAUUGAAGCCAAUAGAAUCAAACUUCUGAAAUAGCCUUGAUGAGCAGGUUCUCUUCGGUGUGAGUGAGAAUGAAUUUCAACCCUACAAAGUCCAGACUGAGCGAGCAGAUUUCCUUCCCUAAAGAGCAGUGGUGAACUGGUUGUUUUGAACAAGAAUCUGGUACUCGUGUAGUCUCCAUUACUGAUACUAGCUUCUCUUGGCUUCCAGAUUGAUGCAUUAAACCAAAUUUAAAUUCUCCAGCUGCUGUGAUGGCAUUUGAAUGCAUCUCUGUGAAUCAUUGGGCCAGGUCUUUGGUUGGGGGGGGGUGGUGGCUACAGAAUUCUACAUGGGCCGUCUCUUAUUAAUGCUCUCGUGAUCCACAGGAGCAUCUCUGAGUUGGUUUUAAAAUCACACUUCCAUUUGACUGUAAACUUCUGUUUAAAAAUGGCAGCAAGUCUCCUCUAUGAUUUCCCAAGACAUUGAAAUCUUUUUAUUUGUACUGUUCUUAAAGAAGUAAUAUCGAGUGAAACCUCACUAGAACUGUAAAGGAAUUAGAAAUGAAUUGAUGUUGGCAGCUCUGUCAAUAUGCCAUGCAUAACACAUCUACACUGAGCAUUAUUGAUGGAGAAAGGUGAGCCAGUUGCUAUGACUGUUAGAAAGGUAGUAGUUCUAUUUCCAUUGGAAUUUAUUUUACUGAGCUUUUUUUUCCCCUCUAGUGUUAGUUAGAUUGAAAGAAUCACGCUAGAAGUUACUCGGGGAGAGAACUUGAUCUUUGGUUGCUGAUGCUAAUUGCAUCAGGAGGCUACGUUGGUCAGGUGAUCUGGAUAUUAAAUUUCGUGGCCUUUGUUGGAGCCAAAUGUGUAGAGUAGAUACUGUUCUCCAUCUAGUCCUGGCACCAAAAAGCCAAGCUUUUUUUUUUCUCUCACCACCUUGUUUUACGAGUCUAAUCAUGCUGUGUAUCAGUGCACGGGUUUUUACUUAGUUUUAUUUAUUUUUCUAAUUUGAACUCACUCUUAAAGUUUUGACUGAUCCUAUAAACCACAGGAGCAUUGCAGCUGCCCGUUUAGAAAAGGCUUGCUCUAUGGCGAAAGUGUGCUCAUCUACACAACCUGCUCUACGCUGUGCUGUCCAAAGGUGUGGCUGCUGGUGGGGGGAGGAGAGGAACAGUUGAGCCUAGUUUGAGUCCUUGUGGGGAGUGAAGCAGGAGAAAAUCAGUGCAUCAGGCUCCUGGAACUGAUGGCCUUUAUUAACUCCAGGAUGGAGAUGCUCAGCAGACCCAGCGGUAUCUGCAGUGAGGCUAAUGAUCCUUAAUCAGAAUGAGUGAUUGCAAUUUGUAGAAGCAGGGUAGAGGGUUAGUAGAAAAGUUCUGCCAUUGAUUUGCCAAGCUUUGAGAGGGGUUAGAAGGGAAGAGUGAUUACAUGACUGACAAGAGGUGAAGGUGGAAGUGGGUGGUUAUGGGUCGGGAAGAGAUGUAAAGGAUAACAGCUGGAACAGUAGCAAAAGUGGGCAGAGAAACUUCCCACUGGUCAAAGGGUCAAGAACCAGGAGACAUUGACAAAAGGGGCAAAAGUGGACAAGGAUAAUCUUCAUCCAGUGAGUGGUAAGAUCUGGAAAGCACUGCUGGGGUGGUUGUGGAGACAGUUCCACUGCAGUGUGCGGAAGAGAGCUGGAUGUGCAUCUGGAAGGAAAGAAUUUGCACGGCUAUGGGGGUGUGGAUGAGGAACGAGCUGGUCUUGCAUCGAGCCAGUACUGACUCGCUGGACUGAAUGACCUCCUUUGGUGCUGUAACCAUUCUGAGAUUCAAAGAGACUUUUAAGAGGCCCCUGGAACCUGGAAGGGUGUAAGGUGCCUAAUUUAUUUAGUUUACUGUCUUGGUAUAAUAUUUUGGCCAUUUGACAGCAAUGAUGUCAUUGAUGUAAACAGCGUGAAGGCCAUGGUAUAGUAGAUUGGCAUGCGUAAGCAACAAAGGACAUGGUUUGAACCUUGUCCACGUGUAAAUCUGUUGUCAUUGUGAAGGCCUCUUUGAUACAGGUUGGAGCCACAAUAAACAUCUGAUUUUUGAAAUGGUGGUGAAGUGCCUGUUGGGGGUUUGGCCAGUUAAAUCCUGGUUAACCAAUGGAAAGAUGGAGAAUGAUGUCAUUUGGGGGAACCAAAAAUAAAGGUUCCCCCCACUCCCAGUGUUAUAGGGGUUCGCUAAUCUAGCUUUGUUCACCCCACUCCCCACAUGCUGUCGCUAAAUAACAAGAAUUUUUGAUAGUUUUUCAUUCUGAAGCACAAAUUGAAUUCUUAAAGUAAAUUUUUGGCAAAUGAAUCAGCUAUUGUUAGAGAAAGGGGUUCCCGUAAUAGUUAUUAGCAGUUGCCAGCAAGAAGCUCUUUGUGAAUGUAACCAGCCUCCCUCUGUUUGAUUAACAUUGUACGUAGCAUUGCACCAGUACCGGAAAGGUAGGAAGUUCUGGAGAGAGAAGCCUUUGAACACUAGAAUCCUAUGCAAGAGUUCCUUGCAGUUAUCUUUGUCAGUGCCAUUGAGUGGCACAAAUGCUAUAGUGCUGCUCUGUCCAAAUUGGUAUUGUUAUAUAAUAGUGGCAUUGGUUAUUUAUUGUUAGACAUGUUUUAUACCUAUACACAAAUUUAAGAACCACAUUUAGAAACUGUAGUAGUUAUUAAGCUGGAUUGUAAAUUAACUUUCUAUUUAUUCUGUAGUGGAGAUUCUUUUAAUAAAAAUAUUCACUCUACAAUUUA